GAAGAAAAGGAGGAAGGAAGGAAAAGAGGGUGAUUCGGGAAGAGAGUGAUCAUGUCAGGGCGGCCCAGAACCACCUCCUUUGCGGAGAGCUGCAAGCCAGUGCAGCAGCCUUCAGCUUUUGGCAGCAUGAAAGUUAGCAGAGACAAAGAUGGCAGCAAGGUAACCACAGUGGUGGCAACUCCUGGGCAGGGUCCCGAUAGGCCACAAGAAGUCAGCUAUACAGACACUAAAGUGAUUGGAAAUGGGUCAUUUGGUGUGGUAUAUCAAGCCAAACUUUGUGAUUCAGGAGAACUGGUUGCCAUCAAGAAAGUAUUGCAAGACAAGAGAUUUAAGAACCGAGAGCUCCAAAUCAUGAGAAAGCUAGAUCACUGUAACAUAGUCCGAUUGCGUUAUUUCUUCUACUCAAGUGGUGAGAAGAAAGAUGAAGUCUAUCUUAAUCUGGUGCUGGACUAUGUUCCGGAAACAGUAUACAGAGUUGCCAGACACUAUAGUCGAGCCAAACAGACGCUCCCUGUGAUCUAUGUCAAGUUGUAUAUGUAUCAGCUGUUCCGAAGUUUAGCCUAUAUCCAUUCCUUUGGAAUAUGCCAUCGGGAUAUUAAACCACAGAACCUCUUGUUGGAUCCUGAUACAGCUGUCUUAAAACUCUGUGACUUUGGAAGUGCAAAGCAGCUGGUCCGAGGAGAACCCAAUGUUUCGUAUAUCUGUUCUCGGUACUAUAGGGCACCAGAGUUGAUCUUUGGAGCCACUGAUUAUACCUCUAGUAUAGACGUAUGGUCUGCAGGUUGUGUGUUGGCUGAGCUGUUGCUAGGACAACCAAUAUUUCCAGGGGACAGUGGUGUGGAUCAAUUGGUGGAAAUAAUCAAGGUCCUGGGGACACCAACAAGGGAGCAAAUUAGAGAAAUGAACCCAAACUACACAGAAUUCAAAUUCCCUCAAAUUAAGGCGCAUCCUUGGACUAAGGAUUCGUCAGGAACAGGACAUUUCACCUCAGGAGUGCGGGUCUUCCGACCCCGGACUCCACCGGAGGCAAUUGCACUGUGUAGCCGUCUGCUGGAGUAUACACCAACUGCCCGAUUGACACCACUGGAAGCUUGUGCACAUUCAUUUUUUGAUGAACUAAGGGACCCAAAUGUCAAACUACCAAAUGGGCGAGACACACCUGCACUCUUCAACUUCACCACUCAAGAACUGUCAAGUAAUCCACCUCUAGCUACCAUUCUUAUUCCUCCUCAUGCUCGGAUUCAAGCAGCUGCUUCAACCCCUACAAAUGCCACAGCAGCCUCAGGUUGAAAACCCUUCUAACAGAAAAGGGAAUCAUGAUAGGAGUUGGACAAGAUGCUAAUGCUGGAGACCGUGGACAGACCAACAGCGCUGCUUCUGCAUCAGCUUCCAACUCCACCUGAACAGCCCCAGCGGCCAGCUGCACAGGAAAAACCACCAGUUACUUGAGUGUCACUCAGCAACACUGGUCACGUUUGGAAAGAAAAUUAAAAAGAGAAAAAAAACCUGCUCAUUUUAGUGUUCAAUUUUUUUAUUAUUAUUGUUGUUCUUAUUUAACCUUGUAAAAUAUCUAUAAAUACAAACCAAUUUCAUUGUAUUCUCACUUUGAGGGAGAUCCAGGGGGUGGGAGGGGUUGUGGGGAGGGAAGCGGAGCACUAGAACACACAAUCUCUCUCCCACGACAAUCUUUUUUAUCAAAAGUCUGCUGUUGUAUACUUUAAAAACAGGACUCCUGCCUCAUGCCCCUUCCACAAAGAAGAAGACUUUGUUCUGUGCUGAAGUUUUUUUGAACUUUGUUUUCUUUUCAAGUCAAGUGUAAGACUUUGGGCUAGUGCACAGCUUGAAAUUGGUUGGGAGCUUUAGCAGGUAUAACUCAGUGGGGACUUAAAUGUCACUUGUAAAAUUAAUCCAUAUCCUCUGGUAUUUGAAGACUUGACUUUGGCAUAUUGGUGGCAGGUGUGGCAGACAAAAAAGGAAAUGUGUAUCAUUUGUAUGUAACCCAGGGAGGUCAAUAAAGUUUGAAGAUUCUUAAUUGACUUGAUAAGGUCUUGUUUUGCUCAUAAUCAGUGCUAGUGGUGAAGAAACUCAAGAGGAGGCGAUCAGAGGAGCAAGCGUGCUGCUCCGAGUGCAGGUCUUUGUUUGCCUGACUGAAGAUUCUCUGCAGAUCUUAGUACAGUUUAACCUAGUGGCCUAGGAGAAGGCUGAGAGGGUGUUGAGCCAGUCACUCUGGCUGCAGCGGUCAAAAGCUGAUGAACCUGGAGGAAGGGCACAGGCCAAGGCCAGAUCUCAGCACUGUGAACGAAUUUGUCCAGACUUGUUUCCAAAGUUGCUUCCCUUGGAAAGAGACACUUGAGAGGACAUUAUAGUUAAAUAAUGUGAACUGUAACAGUCUACUGGUUUAUUUUUCAUAUUUUUAAAUUACAAAUUGAGCUUGCAGAAAUUGCCACAUUCUGCACAUAGUUCUAAUUUUAAAUCCAAAUCUAGAAAUCUGUAUUUAAUUUCAGCUUUUUUUUAACCUCAUGCUUUUAAAUUUUUAUUUAUUGAUGUAUGUCAGAUAGACCAUUAUGAUUUUAGAUGGUAGGAAUUUUAAGAACUACACAUCAAAAUGGUAUAAACAGUCACGUGUACUGCUGACUUUAUAGGAAAGCUGAUUAUAUAAAUGUGUGUAUGUAUAUAUGUUAUAUAUACAUAGAUUCAAUACUGCCUUUUGUUUUUGUUUUUGUCCACAGUAUCAAAAUCAACUGGUUGAAGCAUGAGAAGAAGAAUGUUUCCCCCCACACCCAGUUAAGAGUUUUUGUUCUGUUCUCUUUGUGUAUCAGUGAACGGUGUAAGACUCAGUCUCUGUUUUUGAAGAAAAAGCAAUAUUCCUUGGAAAGCAAAGAGGAUUGAAGGAUUAUGUUUGCAGUGAGGAAAUAGAUUUUCACAACUAGUUUGUUUUAUACUUUUAAGGUUGCCAUCUUUGUGGGCCUUAUAUACUCGAAAAUGAACCUUAGUCACCUUGGUGCUUAUGGGCCAUUACUUGACCUAUGAAUCUUUAAGGCACAAUCAGUUGUACUUUACAUUUAAAGAUCACUUGAGUGAUGGCCGCCUUUCCUUUCUACCACUCUUUCCCUACACACCUUCCAAGGUUAGCUGAUGACUGCAGGGCUGAGGAGCUGAGCCCUAGACUGUGUGUAGCCUCCCUUCACCCUCAUUGCCACCUGAGGUCAUGUUCGGGGUCUUGCGCCCUCCCUGUGAUUGGGAAGUGGAGUCUCUUGGCGGCCCUCACGCAGGUCCCAGUUCCCUGUCCUGCUUCUUAACCAAGUGUGUGUGACUCUCCAAGAGAGUCCUACUGCCUGCUGAAGUGAACCAGUACCCGGAAGGGCAACUGUGAGCCGUCUUAGUUUUCACUCACUGUUUAGCUAAGCUCUUAGGCCACAAAAAGGGUUUCUCAAACCUCUGGUUGUAUCAGAGUUCGUGAGAAAGGAAACACACUCAGUCAAACCAAAUCAAACAAAUUGACUUUUACAUUUUCUAAUGGGCUUCUGAGAGCUAAUUAAGAUUUGAAAGAAGUCUGAAUCAAAGUAUUUGGCUGGGUAAUUCCUAAAGGGAAUGGCUUUGAUAGACCAUUUUCAGAAAAGAUUUAUAAAGAAGCUGAACAGCAGGUCUCUGACAGAGAAGUAAACCUGCUUUCACACCAGACUGCCCAGCCAAACAUUUGGACACAGACACUACUCUGGACUUGGUAUACCCACUAGAGUCCAUAAAAAUCUGUGCUUGUUUUGGGAAACACUCCCCCCUCCUUUGCCCCCAUAAUUGGGGUAAGAGAAGAAGAGAGAAAAGUACAAUGCUUUUCUCUCAUUUUAUUGUGUGUGUGUGUGUGUGAGGGCUGAGGUGUGUGAUUUUUCUUUCUCAAGGAUCAUGGCGGUAUCACAGAACUCUUUUAUACAAGUGAGAUCCAGGUCUCUGAAUAUCUUUUUGUAAAUAAUAAUAAUAAUAAUAAUAAUAAUAAUAAAAGCUCCUCACCAAAUUCAAGCUUGUACAUUAUAUUUUCUUUCAGUGUUUUUAAAUUUAAGUUUUAUUGUUUUGUAUGUAAAUAUGUGGACCCAGGAACUGUUAUUAAUGAGCAAAAAGUUACUGUUCAGGGCAGUGAUUCUGUUUAAUAAUCAGACAAAAUGUAGACGAGCUUUUUAAAGCCAUAUAGUUUUAACUCUGUACAGUAGGUACCGGCCUGUAUUAUUGUAACAAUAACUCUAGCAAUGUAUAGUGUAUCUAUAUAGUUUGGAGUGCCUUCGCUUCCAUGUGUUUGUUUUUUGUUUUUGUUUUUCAUUUUUUAAGUUUUAAUUGGUUUUUCUAUCCAUGUGUCCCUGUCCCGCCCCUUUCCCUUUGAAAUACUAGCUCGCUCCUAACAGUGUCUUUGCCCCUUCCACAGUUAAUUUCAAUGAUACCAUGCUCAGGAGUGGAAAGAGGAAACCAUGUUCAUGAUCUCAUUUCAUUUAAGCCCUGCCUUGGUUUUGGUUCUGAACAGUUGUUUCCUCCUCAGUCAGUACCAGUGACGAGUUUCAUUUCAUACUUAAGUCCAUCCAGGGACUUAGUGUAGUGCCAGCGAGCCCUAGAUCUGGAAGAUACCGAAUAGAUUAGAGUUUGCUCAUCUCUUCCCCAAAUCCUAACCAUGGGUCUUACAGACAGCAGAUUCCGGGAGCUACAUGCCCUCCUCUUUAUCUGCUUCCCUCCUGAUAGAGAGAGAGAGAGAUGGUUUUAUAAAUCAGAGUUUCUUAAUAGUAUUGAGUUUUGAUACAUCAGUGGCCUAAAAUGCUACAGUGCAAUUAAUUACUAGCAGUUACUGCACGGAACUCCAGCGUGCUGAUAGAGGGCUGUCGUUGUAACAAGGGAACUUUUAGCCCAUCCCCUCCCUCCCUCCUGCCACCUCUACCCCUGUUUAGUAAAAUGUCAUUCUAAUUUCGUUCUUAAAAAAAUAAGUUUAAUUCUUACUGUGUGCCCAUCAUGAAGGCCUUUUUUGAAAGAAAAAAAUCAAAAUCAUUUGUUUUGCCUCCGAGUACUCCAUAUAAGAUGUCUUGAGUAGUAGAAAAAAAAAAACUUUACCAAACCAAAGGUUGCUAUUUUUGAAACAUCGUGUGUUCAUUCCAGCAAGGCAGAAGACUGCACCUUCUUUCCAGUGACAUGUUGUGUCAGUUUUUUAAGUCCUCUUAAUUUUUAGACACGUAUUUUUGGUUUGUGUUUUAACAAAGCCUACCUGACCAGUCAUCUUGUCUGCACCAAUGCAAAGGUUUCUGAGAGGACUACUGUAUUCUCUAUCCCUGUGGAUAUAAAGACACUGGCAUUUCAUUUCUUUUUCCCUUUCCUUUUUAAGGGAUUUAACUUUGGAAUCUUCCAAAGGAAGUUUGGCCAAUGCCAGAUCCCCAGGAGUGUGGGGUUUUUUUUUUCUUUGUU